AUGAGACACAGCAUGCUGCCUCGCACGGCGCUGCGCAGCGGGCGCAUGCCACGGAAUAGUAGGUCGCAGUUGGUGUGGACGACGCAGGCGCGGUGUCUGAAUGCGGCCGCUGCAGCUCAGGUCACACCGAACACCCAACGACGACCACUAUCACGCCGCGAACUCAUAAAGGAUGCGAAACCCUUCUCCGAUUUUCUCACCGAUAACUUUCACCGGCAGCACGACUACCUCCGCAUCUCCGUUACGGAACGCUGUAACCUCCGGUGCGUGUACUGCAUGCCAGAAGAGGGGGUGCCGCUAUCGCCGACGAGGGAACUCUUGACGACCCCCGAGAUUGUACUGCUGUCCUCCGUUUUUGUGUCACAAGGAGUCUCCAAGAUCCGGCUGACGGGGGGAGAGCCGACGGUGCGGCGAGAUAUCGUGCCGCUCAUGCACCAGAUCGGGGCGUUGAGGCCCCACGGACUGAAGGAGCUAUGCCUCACCACCAACGGCUUGUCACUGCAUCGAAAGCUUGACUCCAUGGUGGAGGCCGGUCUCACUGGCGUCAAUUUGAGUCUCGAUACUCUGGAUCCGCACAUGUUCACCAUCAUGACCAGGAGGAACGGGUUUGACGCCGUCAAAAAGAGCAUCGACCGGAUCUUUGAGCUCAACAAGCACGGCGCGGGCAUCAAGUUCAAGAUCAACUGCGUAGUCAUGCGCGGCCGCAACGACCACGAGAUUGUCCCCUUUGUCAAGAUGACACGGGAAAAGGACGUCGAGGUACGCUUCAUCGAGUACAUGCCCUUUGACGGCAAUAAGUGGAACCAGGGCAAGAUGCUGGGUUAUGCCGAGAUGCUGGAUAUGAUCAGGGAAAAGUUCCCCUCGCUGGAGAAGGUCAAGGACCACAAGAACGACACGAGCAAGACCUGGCGCAUACCGGGACACGCUGGAAAGAUAGGAUUCAUCACGAGCAUGACGCACAACUUUUGCGGCACCUGUAACCGACUGCGCAUUACCAGCGACGGAAACCUUAAAGUUUGUCUCUUUGGAAACACUGAGGUCUCGCUGCGGGACAUUCUGCGCAAGUCGAACAACGGCGACCCCAUUGACGAAAAGGCAUUCGAGGCAAUGAAACAGAUCGAGAUGGACCGUCGGCAGGGGCUGGCAGACGCCGAGAAGCCGCUGGGCACGGCGCUUAACGAGGCAGAGCUUCUCGACGUCAUUGGCAUGGCGGUCAAGAGGAAGAAGGAGAAGCACGCGGGCAUUGGAGAGCUGGAGCACAUGAAGAACAGGCCGAUGAUCUUGAUAGGUGGGUAA